AUGGGUGUUGAUGGAAAGUUCUUCACUUUGGCUCAAGUCUCUGAGCACAACACCCCCAAGGACUGUUGGCUGAUCAUCAAUGGCAAGGUUUAUGAUGUGACCAAGUUUUUGGAGGACCAUCCAGGUGGUGAUGAUGUUUUGUUGUCUGCAACAGGGAAGGAUGCAACUGAUGAUUUUGAGGACGUGGGUCAUAGUGAUAAUGCCAGAGACAUGUUGAAGGACAUGUGCGUCGGAGACAUCGAUGCCUCUACUAUCCCCAGCAGUACCACAUAUACUCCUCCGAAGCAGCCUCAUUACAAUCAGGACAAGACUUCUGAAUUUAUCGUCAAACUUCUGCAGUUCCUUGUUCCCAUUGCAAUCUUGGGUUUGGCUUUUGGCAUCCGCCUUUACACCAAGUCAACUUAA